CGGUUCCGUAAGUUACAGGGGAAAAUCGGCCAGCCGGACCUGGAGGCGGAUGCGAGUCCACCUUACCUGCAGUGCAUUCCUGCAAGAUGCUAGAUGUCCAGUUUCGUCGCUUGUGUUUGGUGGUCUUAGCGUCCGGUUUCCACCUCGGAAGGGCGGCGGAGGUCUCAGUAUGGAGCGUAAACAUCAACUCGACACAGGACGCUGUGUUUCGGAAGACGCUGUACGCCAACACCACCAUCUUCAUGAGGUUUCUGAAUGACGUGGGGUCAUGUGAAAAAUAUCUGGCCUUUAACAUCAGCUGGUACCUGCGCUCGUCCGUGUGCUAUAAUGAGGUCUUCAACACGCCAGACAACAAGGCGAUGAACAUGUUCGGCAUGGACCACAUGUUGAAAGACGGCUGGAGCGGCUUCUACAGUCAGGGCUACAUGUACUUUGAGAACUGCUCCUACCUCUUCACCCCGAAGGUUUAUUUCCCAGACUUCAACCCUUAUCAGCCACUGUCCAGUCCGAAGAGUGACCCAUCAAAUCAGACCUUUACUUGGCCUGACAAACCGGAAAUCAGCGCGGUGGCCAAAGCUUGGGUGGACGGCCCCUACCUGUUCAUAGUGAAGGUGCAGCCUGCGGUCCGCGGCUUGGAGAUAGAAGACAUCUUAGCAGAGCAGCUCAACUUUGCUUUCACAAUGAAAGUGGAGAUGAAAGGACCACAUGACUACUCGUCCCCAGCAGACUGGCCUCUGAUGAUCUUCUUCAUGGUGAUGUGCAUCGUGUACGUUCUGUUCGGGGCGCUCUGGCUCUUCUGGUGCGCCUGUUACUGGAGGGAUCUGCUGCGGAUCCAGUUCUGGAUCGGCGCCGUCAUCAUCCUCGGCAUGCUGGAGAAAGCCGUCUUCUACUCCGAAUACCAGAGCAUCCGUUACAAAGGAGACUACGUCCUGGGAGCUGUGAUUUUCGCCGAGCUGCUCUCCGCGCUCAAAAGAUCCCUGGCUCGAAUCCUGGUGCUCAUAGUCAGUCUUGGUUACGGCAUAGUCAGACCGCGGCUCGGUACCACGGUGCACCGACUGGUGGCCGUCGGACUCCUCUACCUCCUCUUCUCCUCUGUGGACGGAGUGCUCAGAGUGACAGGCGGUUUCUAUGGCACCGUCGCCCUGGUGGCUAAUCUCAGUCUCUCUCUCAUCGACUCGUGUGUCAUGUGGUGGAUUUUCAUCAGCUUGUCACAAACCACUCGCCUCCUGAAGCUCCGCAGAAAUGUGGUCAAGCUGUCUUUGUAUCAGCACUUUACCAACACGCUCGUCUUCUUCGUUGUCGUUUCCAUCAUAUUUAUCAUCUGGACCACCAAGGUGUUCAGGCUGGUCGACUGUCAGCGGGGCUGGCGGGACUUGUGGGUAGACGAUGCGUUCUGGCGCCUCCUGUUUUCCACUAUGCUGCUGGUCAUCAUGGUGCUGCUGCGACCCUCUGUUAACAGCCAGAGGUUCUCUCAUUCCCCUCUUAUUGACGAAGAUGACGAAGAAGAUGAAGCCAAGGAGCCGAUGAUGAACGAAGCUUUUGUAGGAAUGAAGAUGAGGGGCUCGAAACCUGACGCUAACGGCUCCCAGAAACUUCUGAAUAAAGAGGAUGAGGACCUGAAAUGGGUAGAAGAGAACAUUCCUACCUCCGUUGCUGAUGUAGCUCUCCCUGUUAUGCUGGAUGAGGAAGAGGAAAUCCUGAAAACUAAGCUGGAGCGAUCUAAAAUGGAGUAGAGGGGAAGGCAGGAAGAAAAAGAAGCAGCAAUGAAUGAGAUUAUAGAAAUUUCAUCACCAAAAAGAACAUGGAAGAAAAUUUUCUUUGGUUGAUUUAUUUAUUUUUUCUUUUUACACAAGUUGUGUUAAGCUGUGUUAAGUGUAAAUAGUGUGUUAGAACAAGGAGGCGAUGUAUAGCAGAACAUUUCUAUUUGUUUCACCUCAGUGUCUUCACUGUCGGGUAAGCUCAAGCACAUAAUUUCCACGUUAAAUAAGAUUCUGAAACCUAUUUCCGUGAUAUUUGAAUUAGUACCGUGUGUAACUAAGGCGGAUAUGACUAGUGAUAAAAUCCUCUGGGAGUAGUUCCAUCCAACGACUUCUUACUAACGGAGUUGGGUCGACCAGAACAUGCUGAAGUAUGAAAAUGUCAUACAGUGCUGAAAACAGGAGGGUAUUGUUGUUGAAGUCUAACACUGAAACAGAACGUGCCGACCCUUAUUUGAAAUCGUUUUCAGAAUGUGUUUCAUAAUUGAUCACAUGAUAAUGGGGAAAAUAUUAGAUUGGUAUAUCAAAGAAAAUGGUGCGUAACUAAAAAAAAGGACAAAACAGGUUUUAAAAAAAAUUUUGUACGUGGAAAAGUAUGGCAUGUGGUUGCUUUCAACCCCACUGAGUCAGUGCUGUGUGACUUUAGCUGCAGGUAACGCUACAGGUCUUUUCUGGUGCGUCUCUUACAGAUAAAUAACAAAACUAUCACUCCGUCAGGUGGGUUGGACAGCCCAAACGUUCAAGUCCUCUGCAUUGAUUUAAACCCGUGGCGUUCAAACUUUAUGUCCUGAGGGCCAAAACCGGCAAAUGUAAGCUACAGGAGGGCCACAAAAUCCAUUAACUUAAAAAAGAUUUCCUUUGCUGCUGCUGUUUUUAGUUUUACUUGCUCAACAAUGACAUUUUAUUUUUUCAAAUCUGUAUAUGUUUAAAGAUCCGAAACAUGAAAAGGGGCUCCAAACGAUUGCGUUAUUAAAAUAAAAACUAACAUUUUCCAAAUUUCUGGGGUCAUCAAUUGCUUUUACCACUCUUGACUUGUAGUGAGGGUCCGAAGAAAAUCGUUAUCAAGGGCAGCAAAUGGCCCCCGGCCCACACAUUGGACACCCCUGAUUUAAAAACAUUUUGCAAAGAGUUCAAAAGUUCAGUUUUGGUCUCAUCUGACCAGAUCACCUCGUUCCACGUGUUUCCUCUCUUUCAUGCACAGACCUACGGCAAACUGCAAGCAGAAGCUCUUAUGACUUCCUUUCAACGCUGGCUUUCUUCUUGCCUUAAAGGUCACGCUUGCAGAGUUCAUGACUAAUUGUCACCCUGCCCACACAUUCUGUCUGCUGUUCUCUAGGUCGUCAUUGUUCUGUUAGCUCACUUAUGUGUUUUAAUCCCUGAGGCCUCCACAGAACAACUGGAAUUAUAUUGAGAUUAAUUACAUUUACUGCAUAGGUGAUUUCGGAUGACGGUCGGAUUUUAUUUAGGGAUGUACGAGUAAAGGGGGCAGAGUACAAAUGCAUGCCAUACUUUCAGAAAUCUAUCAUCUGUCAUUUAUGUUGGAGGGGUACAGACACUUUGUCCAGGCAGUGUAUUUAAACAGUGUAUGUUUUCUCAGAUUAUUUUUAUCCAGAUUAGCUCAAGGAGCUGCAAUUUAUUAUUAUUAUUAUUAUUUUUACAUUUCCUUUAUUAUACUCACAUGUGUAAAGUUAUGUAUGGAUAUAUUUUAUGGAAGGCCAAAUUCUGUUGCUGUUGACAUUAAACAAGUGUUGCGUUCAAUAUGGCAGCCAGUAAAUCUCACCCCUCAUAUGGAUGUGGUGUGGGCCUACGUUUAUGACGCACAAGAUUUAUAGCAUGUAUAUUAGAGGCUAAUUUCACUAAUUUGGAUACAUGCUUAAUUUAGCACCUCAUUCCAAUUCAGGCAUUAAUUUAAAAAAAUAAAUCAGAAAAUGAGUGAAUAGUUAGUUGCUGUUAGAAUCGUUUAAGGCUUUUCCUGUCACACUGCAAAUAUAGUUUUGUCUCUUCCUCAAUUUAUGAAAAUAUGUGUAGAUAUGCUGGAAUCCUUGCGUUCUGGUUUUAUAAAGAUUUAAGUCUUGUUAAGAAUAUUUUAGUUGUUUGGAAAUAUUUGACAGUCUUUAAGGACUUGAAUCUGUUGUGAAGCUUUUUUGCAUAUGUUCUGCAGAGAAACUUUGUAUUAAACAACUAUGAAAAUAUGA